ACAAAGCAAAACCCGGUCAUUCACAAACAAGAAGAAAAUCAAUUUUUUUCUUUUUUCUUUUUCCUCUUCAAUUUCAAUCAAUAUAACAAAUGGGUCAAUCCCUUCGAUCUUUCUCCUUUCUGGGACACCGAAUCUCUCCUUAAUAUCUUCUGAUUCCACUGGUUUCUUUUUUCUUUUUCUUUUCAAUUUUCUUCCCGCAUAUUAACAAAGGAAAAGAAAAAAGAAACGAGAUGAGGUUUCUCUUCGAAUUCGUUUCAUGUUGUGGCUUGCCCACGCAGCGCACGCCGGAGCCAGCCGUAUUGCCGCUCGAGGAGGAGAGGUCGUUUGUUUCGGAGGCGGCGCCCACCGUGUCUGUUCGCCGCCGUCACCGCAAGAGGCAGAGGAUGGGCUCGGCGGAGUGGAAGCCGUCUCUGGGACCGAUCUCGGAGGACGGCGCGACUCAGGCGAAGGAGAGUCCCCGGAAAAACACGGCGGCGUCCCCCGCGAGCGACGCAAAGAAGAGGACCACCGCCAAGGUUCGCUACCGCAGUUACAGUGACGGGUCAUCCAUGCCCACGAUGAUACCAACUUUUUCUCCGACGCCAUUUAUGUUCUAAACUUUAGGGUUGGAUUUCUAGCUGCAAAUAUAUGUAUAUAUUUACAAACUACAUGGGUCCAGCUAAUAAAAUCAAAGCGUUGUGAAGAUUUCAA